GGGUCCUUUAAGUUCCUGGUCCACGUCAAGCAGUAUUUGCGAUUAUGCUGAUAGCAAGGGAAAAAAACUAGUUUUAUCACUGGAAUUAUUUUCCCUUUAGACCAUGUCUGCGGAGAUUUCGCUGUCUGCACUUUGAUACAGGGGUGAUAACCCGGAUCCCAAGAUGUCUUGGUUGGUCGAUUUAGCCGGCCGGGCCGAGGAUUUCCUGAACAAAGUGGACCAGGGUGCUGCCACCGCUCUGACCAAACACUCGAGUCACAGUUCCUCCUCGGGAGCGUUCGAUCCUCCGGAGCCGGAUGUAACUCGGUACAGCGGUACAGAAUCCCAUCACAGCUACACUGGCCCCGAGACACGCGGCUUCAUCUCUGCUGCUGCAGAGAAUGUUAAGAAAUCCAAAGCCACAGUGUUAGCAGGCACAGCCAGUGUGUCCAGCACAACGCCUCUGGGUUCAGCUGUUAGCAGCAGCAGUGCGGUCAAAGCUUCGUCCAACUUCGUGAGGCCUAGACGAUCUGAAGUGGACGAUGAUCUGCUGUUCGAUUUCCUGAACAGCUCGGAUCCAAAGCCGAAGAGCGACAGGAAUGAGGUGAGGAGAGAGACAGUGGGCCGGACGAUGGGCGUGACCGAAGGAGCGGUUCAGGGGCAAGUGAUGGUUCCUUCCGCCCCAGCUACUCCCCCUUCUGCACGGGAUCUGUCCCGAACCUCCAGCCUCGCCUCCCUCACUGCAAGUACACACAGCGCCAAGACUGAGAAUGACUCGACUCGAGACGGAAGCCAAGGUGACGCCCAGGAGAGCUUAGAUUUGGGCCUGGCAGCAGCAGCACCGGAUGUUCAGGUCAUGGUGGAGUCCAGCUCGGCUCAGGAGGAGCAGCUCAGUCAGGUGGUGUCUGGUCUGCGUUUGGAGAACCAGCUUCUACGCAACGAAGUGUCGUCACUCAACCAGGAGAUGGCGUCGCUAGUUCAGAGAGCCAAGGACACACAGGAAGAGCUGAACCAGUCCCGAUCUCGUGCUGAGAAGUGGAAUACAGACCAGAGUCGCUCAGACCGCACAGUCCGAGAGCUGAGGGCUCAGGUUGAUGACCUCACACAGGCUUUGACAGCCAAGGACGCUCAGCUGGCCGUGCUCAGGGUACGACUGGAGGAGGCGGAUCAGUUGGUGAAGGCCAGAGGCUCGGCUCUGGAGGAGGCUCAAAGCGAGAAAAGCAGGAUCCUGCAGGACCACAGUGAGGGGAACAGUCUGCACUCUCAGGCUGUACAGACGCUGCAGGAGCGACUCCGGGAGGCCGAUGCGACCCUAAACAGAGAGCAGGAUAGUUACAGACAGAUGCAGAACGAGUUUGCAGUACGGCUGGCGAGGAUAGAGGCGGAGCGACAGACGUUGGCCGAGUCGUUGACGGGAGCCGAGCGCAGAGCGACAGAGGAGAGACAGAGAGCCGAUGAGCUCCAGCAGCAGGCUAAAACCGCUCGAGCUGCAGCCGAUUACGCCAAACAGGAGCUAAAUGACUACAAAAACAAAGCCUCGCGCAUCCUCCAGUCCAAAGAGAAGCUGAUCAGCAGCCUGAAGGAGGGUUCGGCUUUGGAGGCGCUGGACGCCGGAGGAACAGCCGAAGUGGAGCUGGAGGAGUUACGGCACGAGAAGGAGCUCCAGAAGGAGGAGAUGCAGAAACUCCAGGCUCACAUACAGACCCUCCGUUCAGAAAUCCAGGAGCUGGAGAACCAGGCAGUAGUGGAGGCCGAGAGCUGGAGAGAGCAGCAGCUGGAGCUACAGGAGCAAAACACACAGCAGGGCCGACAGAAACAAGAGGUGGAGGCUGAACUGGAGCGCUGCAAACAGGAGCUACAUUAUGUGGAGGAGGAACACCAUCGCACUAAAAGCACCCUGCAGAGUCGCAUCAAAGACAGAGAGGAUGAGAUUCAGAAACUUAGGAACCAGCUAACCAACAAGGCUCUGAGCAGCAGCCAGGCAGAGCUCGAAGGCCGUCUGCAUCAGCUCACCGAGACUCUGAUCCAAAAACAGACCAUGUUGGAGGCUCUGGGCACGGAGAAGAGUUCCCUCGUCUUCCAGCUGGAGCGGCUCGAGCAGCAGCUGAAGAGCGUGCAGGGAGGCCAGAGCGGCGGCUCUCACAUCAACAUGGCCGCCGUGGACGGGGCAGGUGCGAGGCAGAGAAACACACCGGUGCUGUUCGGCGAUCAGGAUGGCUCCGAGACGGGCAUGUACGGGAAAGUGCGCAAAGCAGCCACCACCAUAGAUCGCUUUAGUAUCCGGUUAGGGAUCUUCCUCAGACGUUACCCUAUGGCCAGAGUCUUUGUAAUCAUUUAUAUGGCCCUGCUGCACCUCUGGGUGAUGAUCGUCCUGUUGACGUACACCCCUGAGAUGCAUCCACAGUCUCAUCCUGAUGGCAGAUAGAAGACUAUUAUGUACAUGAAAUCUUUAUCAGAUGCUCUACAUGUAUAGAAAUGAAGCUAUAUUAUGUGUCAAGAGCUGAGCGACAGUACACAUGCGUUUUCUUUCCCAUUCCUUCACUUUCCCUCCAUUUUUCUCCAUCUCUUUCCCAUCAUUUUUUUUCCCUUUUAUUUUGAAAUGAAUCAUCUGCAGUGAGGAACGGAAAUUGAAUGAUAUAUUUAAAGACAGGCUUCUAUUUAAUUUCCUUCAUGGAAAAUUUGCAUACGGUUUUUAUUCAUGGAUACUUUUGGUAAAACUUGAUUGUAAUUCUUCACUUUGAUUUCUUUUAACAGAAAUUAAAACACUAAAACGGUCAAAGCUAUCAAUUUCAUUUUAAGUGUAUUAAGAUUUUAUUGAAAAGAAGUAUGAUUUUUUUUAAUAGAUAUAUCAAAGACUUGUAUCAUUAAUUUUUUCCAAAUUAGUUAGAAAUACAGUCAGGUAAGUAGUUGGACAGUGUCAAAAUUUUAGUAUUUUGUCACAUCUGUAUAUCACAGCAUGAGGCAAUUAGAAUGGGAAUCAAGUGCAGACUUUCAGCUUUAAUUCAGA